AUGGUCAACUUUGGCGUCUCCAGGGCGUGCGAUACGUGUAAAAAGCGUCGCAAAAAGUGCGAUGAGACUCGUCCAGCUUGUCUUCGUUGUGUCAGGUCCCGAUACAAUUGUCCUGGUUACAAAGAUGACUCUUCACUAUUGUUCCGCCAUUACUCACCCGCAAACAAACUCGUGAAUCCAACCUUGGAGAAAUGGUCACCUAAUGCCGAUUAUAUGCUUGAGGCAAUUGCUGCUGAUAUCUUUCUGGAUGAAUUGGUUGUGCGGUCCCUUGACCGGAACCAUUCGCGGGGCUUUCUAGAUGGCAUGCACAGUACCUUUGCUGCGUCUGACCCCAAGUCUACUCUCAUGUCUGCUGCCAAGGUUGUCGUUCUUGCAUCACUUGCCAAUCGCUACCGAAAGGAGUCGCUUUUCAGUAUGGUCCGUAAACAAUAUGGCCAGCUUCUUAGGGAGUAUGUGACAUCUUUAUCAAUACCUUCAGAAAGCCUGUCGCCGGAGCAGUUCUUUACUGCUGUUCUUUUGGGACUUUAUGAGCUUAUGGCAUGUAACAUAGCCUCGCCUACGCGGCACCUUGUCCAUGUUCAGGGACUUGGCUCUAUCCUUCAAAGAGGCAUAUCUUCAUCAACAUCAACGUCCCAUAUCGGCGUCCACCUUCCUGGAACUUGGCUCAUCAGAAAAGGGGCGGUCUUGAGUCGAAACCGCCCAGUAGAUUUGUUUCCGGCUGAUAUGGAUAUAUCCCAGGCUCAUAUGCAAGGAACUGGAAUUUUAUGCCCUCCACUUAACCAUAGUCCCCAGCGUUCUCUGGACCAGAUAAUGGUUGGGUUGGCUCCUCUUACAGCACGCUCUGAGAAACUAUUGGCCAACCCUGCCCCGUCCAGAAGCGCACUUUUGGAGCUUUACCAGGCCUUGGUCGUGUUCCGCGAUGAGAUUGCUCUUUGGGCUGAUAACCAACCACCAGCAUGGCAACCCGAGGUUGUUGGCCAUAUCUCACAGGAGUCGCUAACAGCAGAAGUAAUCCCGUGGAUAUGCUCUGGGCCUGUGGAGAAAUACUUCGACUUGUAUGUGGGAACGGCCUGGAAUUCAUGGCGCUCAAUGUACAUUGUCUGGCUAGAUCAAUUAUACCAUGUCUCUAAUGCACUUGGGCAACACCACCUUAUCCCGCACUAUGUCAAGACAGUUGAUAGUCUGGUUGCUGGUCUCAAGGCCUCCAUCCCCUACCAUCUUUCUCGCAGCGUUGAAGAGUAUAUCAAACGUGUCAACGCAGGACCCGAUGAGCAGGGACCUUCUGUCAUGCAGAACUCAAAGAUUUCGUUUAUGGAUGCGCUCGAAGGAUAUUAUUUAAUUACAGCGAGUAUGCUGUCAAAGUCUGUAUGA